CUGGAAUGUCAAACAAGUGAAACAUACAUGGCCCAGGAUAGAAUCUGUCAACAGCACAAUGACCAAGCGUACUAAAAAGGUCGGUGUCACUGGCAAGUACGGUGUUCGCUACGGUGCAUCUUUGCGUCGUGAUGUCCGUAAGAUCGAAGUUCAACAACAUGCUCGCUAUCAAUGCCCUUUCUGCGGACGCAACACUGUAAGACGCAGUGCUGCUGGCAUCUGGAACUGCAACGCCAAGGGCUGUGGUAAGGCUAUGGCCGGUGGUGCUUGGACUGUUACUACUCCUGCUGCUACUAGCGCCCGCUCUACCAUUCGCAGAUUGCGUGAAAUGGUUGAAGUUUAAAUGCCAAAAGUGUUUUAUUGUUUUUAUCUAUUGUGAGCUAAGUAAAAUAUUUAUCGCCUAGAAGAUGGUUAGUAGGUGAAAUGAAACAUCGUAACGUA